UGCUGCGGCUGAGCGUGGGCGCAGGCUGAUCUCGGAAGAACUCGGUCGCGAGACUCUCCCGCGCACGCGACCCGUCCUCUCUUGCCUGCUUGCUACCGCGCGGUCCCACGCGUCGCUCCUGGGGCCCUUCGGAGGAGUAGCCGCCGCCGCCGCCGCCCCCGCCCCCUAGAUUGGAAUCGAAAACGCCAGGAAGCCGCCGUCACCGCCAUGCCCAAGAAUAAAGGUAAAGGAGGUAAAAAUAGACGCAGAGGUAAGAAUGAGAAUGAAUCUGAAAAAAGAGAGCUGGUGUUCAAAGAAGAUGGACAAGAGUAUGCUCAAGUAAUCAAAAUGUUGGGAAAUGGACGAUUAGAAGCAAUGUGUUUUGAUGGCGUAAAGAGGUUAUGUCACAUCAGAGGGAAAUUGAGAAAAAAGGUUUGGAUAAAUACCUCAGACAUUAUAUUGGUUGGUCUCCGAGACUACCAGGAUAAUAAAGCCGAUGUAAUUUUAAAAUACAAUGCAGAUGAAGCUAGAAGUCUGAAGGCCUAUGGCGAGCUUCCAGAGCAUGCUAAAAUCAAUGAAACUGAUACAUUUGGUCCUGGAGAUGACGAUGAAAUUCAGUUUGAUGACAUUGGAGACGAUGAUGAAGACAUUGAUGAUAUCUAAAUUGAAUUCAACAUUUUACAUUCCAAUUUCUCUGAGGAUUGUUCCAACAAUUUGGAUUUUGGCUGUGACCUGUUAAAGAAGAUUAAAAUUUCAUUAGCAUGAGUGCAAUUUGUUAAAGCAGAUUGAUUUGUUUCUAAGGUAUUUCUUUAAAAACCGAAUUCUCUUAAGUGAAAUGUUAAGCCCCCUUUGUUCUUUUGAUGUAUUGGAGCUUAUGGGUAAAAAAUUACAUCGACUGUUUUUAAAAAGAAGGGGGAAAUGCAUUGCUGCCUUUCCUACUUUGACCAUUUUCCAUUAAGUGAAUGUUCUGAAUAAACCAUUUACCCUACACUCAUGGAUUAUGACUAAGCCCUAACUUUGGCCUGUUGACUGUACAGUGAUUUUCUGUAUAUUCCAGUUACUUAAAUGUUCCCUUGAGAUUUUGAUACAAAUUGAGGCGGCAGAAAUCUGCAUUUGAGGUAAAAAAUGAUUAGGUCUGCUUUUCAUAUUUAAGUAGCAUGUGGCUAUUUUUGUACUAAUUUUGAUAUCAUGUACAUUCUUUUCAUGAUAUUAUUUUGCCACUAUAAAUGUAUCAACAAAAAAGCAUUUCCAAAAUGUAAGUUUUAGAACCUGGGUUUUACUAACAGUUUUCAAUUUGUAAGGUUAGUAGUUACAAGAAUUGAACAGUAGGUGGCACCCAGUCAUCUUAAACUGAAAUAGCGGUAUAGUUGUCUUUUUUUUUUUUUCUAAAUGUGCAUAGGAAAUUUCCCAAAACAAAAGAUUGUUUUGAUCAUAUGCAUGUAUGUAGAAUAUUUUUAAAGAACAAAAAUAUUGUUAAGUGUCAUUUUAUUUCAGAAGUCAUAAACAUAUAAGCUACAAUUUUGAGUGCUUUAUAAACACUUAAAUUAUGUAUAAAUGAAAAUUUAAUUUCCUAAAAACUGUACAAAUUAAGCCUUUUUCAAACUAUCCCUAAGCUGGGAAAAGAGGAGGGAAUAACAGUUUACUGAAAAGAUGGUUUCUCAUUUCUAAAUGGAAGAGCUACAGCUGAGAAAUACAAUAAAGACAAUGUCAUGCUGCAGAGUAUAUUAUACCCUUA